GAGCUCAGUUGAUUUCAAAUAUGAAAAGUCUUCAGUUUUCUCUGUUUCUAGUCAUAUAUAUGACUUUAUUGGGAGUUUUCCUGGGCGAGGCAAGAGUUUGGAUGCCACCACCGCCACCCGGACGCAAUCCUUUCGAUAUGAGGCCAUCUCCAUUUAAUCCUAGUAAGGGUUAACUAGUGAAUAAAACUAUUAUAAUUUAAACCAAAUAAAACUAUAACUGUUACUGUAUCAAAACUCUAACCAUAAUUGAAUUUCAUAACAUCUAGAGUAUUGUGAAUCCUUUUUUGUGAGUCCUAGACAAGCACAAUUUAAAGGACCCACUGUCAGUCGACGAGGGCUUCUCGUAAGCCUACCCAUCCACGUCCUUUUCUCCUUCGCGGCUCGCUGGAGUGACAAAG